CUUGUCAGUCAUCUAAAGAAACGUCAAUAAGAGUGCAUAUAUAAAACAAUGUCUUAAAUUUAAUUUUAAAGUCAAUUAGACAACAACCAGUCUCUCAAAAAGAAUCCCUAAUUAAAAGCAAAUGCGCGAUUGAUCACGCCUAAUAAUGGCCGAUCUGAUACGUACAAAUAGUGGACACAAUGCAGCUGUACAAAAAGAUAAACUCGGUUCCCCCAGCACAGGAAGUGAUGAUGGAAAUGAACAAGAAACACAAGGAGCGAUUAAACCUGAACAAGAAGAACCAGAUCUCGGAGACAGCGCUCAUUAUGCGCCCCCUGAGACUCAUUGGUACCAUGGAAGAUUAGACAGAUAUCAAGCUGAAGAAAGGCUGUGGCAAUGCAACAAAUUAGGUGCCUAUUUGGUUAGAGAAAGUGAUAGAAAGCCUGGAAGUUAUGUUUUAUCCUAUUUGGGAAGGACAGGGAUGAACCAUUUUAGAAUAACUGCUGUUUGUGGAGAUUUUUAUAUUGGUGGACGACAAUUUGUGUCUUUAAAUGAUUUGGUAGGAUAUUAUAAAGAAUGCAGUGAUCUGUUAAAAAGGGAAAGAUUGGUACAUCCUGUGGCACCACCAGAACCAGUCAAUGAUAAAAAGAGAGUUGUUGCUAUAUUACCAUAUACAAAAAUGCCUGAUACUGAUGAACUUACCUUCAAAAAAGGGGAUAUAUUUUUUGUCCACAAUGACAUGGGCAACGGUUGGUUGUGGGUAACUGCUCAUCGUACAGGAGAACAAGGCAUGAUAUUUAGAGAACUAGUAGAAGAUUUAGAUGAUAGUAUUGAUCCAAAUACAGUAUUUCCUUGGUUUCAUCCGAACUGCACAAAAAAUGAAGCUGUGGACCUACUUGUAAAAGCUGGCCCUGGUAGUUUCUUAGUAAGACCCAGUGAUAAUUCGCCAGGGGACUAUUCAUUAUUCUUCCAUAUCAAUAAUCAAAUUCAACGUUUUAGAAUUGAAAAGAAAGGUGUUAGGUAUCUCAUGGGAGGUAGAAUAUUCGAAUGUUUAGAUGCAGUCAUUAAUAGAUAUAGGAAGGAGCAGAUUGUUGAAGGAUAUACCCUUCAACAACCGCUUGUAGUAGAUGGUUCAAAACAAUUAGACUGGGUGCCAGAAAAUCAAAAAGCAAAAUCUGAAGCAGAAAAAAUCUAUGCGACAUUAAGAGAAUGUAGGGAUCAAGCAGGUAUAAAGAAAAUGAGAGGUAUAAAACACCAGGGCUAUCUACAUAGAAAGUCUGACAAAGCUGCCAAAAAAUGGAAAUUGUUAUAUUUCGUUUUAUUAGUAGAUGGUACUGAUACUCAUCUUUAUUUAUAUGAGAACCCAAAAAGAACCAAACCUAAAGGUCUAAUUGAUUUGUCUUGUGCUUAUCUCUAUCAAGUACACGAUAGUCUCUGGGAACGCUCACACUGUCUUCAACUGGUCGAACGUGCUCUACCCUGUCUAGCCACAGUUACUCAUUUAGCUGCAAGGUCAACAGAAGACUGUCAAGAAUGGGUGAAUGCACUGAAACCUUUGUGUGUACCUCAGCUUAGUAAAGCCACAUCUAAAGUGCCAAGAUUAAGAGAACUACGUUGUCUAACUUUACAUAUAAUUGAUGCGCAUCGCUUACCUUACAAAUUAGUGCCACAACCAUAUGUUACCAUACAGCUCAAUAAUCAAGUUAGGGUAGCGAGGACUAGAACUAAAUCGGGACCUGACCCUGUAUGGGAUGAGGAGUUUGUUUUUGAUGACGUGCCAUGUGAUAUUGUUUCAUUUACUUUGACUGUAUAUAAUAAAGGAAAACGAGGAAAAGAACAGGAAGUAGCUGAACUCCAUGUCGAAUUAUCGUCUUUAGGUAAUGGCGAAGAAAGAGAAGAAUGGUAUACACUAUCUGGAUUAACGCCAAUGGGAGAAUGGGGAUCUUUAAGACUUAAAACAAGAUACUUACAUGAUCUUGUAAUGCCUGCUGAAGAGUACAGCCCGCUGCAACAAUUGCUAUUGGAACCGGGAUUAACUUCAGUUAAAACUUUAGCGGAAAUAUCGCACUCUGAUAGAGCACCGUUGGCUACAGCACUUUUGAGAGUAUUUAGAGCAGAGGGAAGGGAAACGGAACUGCUUAGGGAACUAAAUACCGCAGAGAUAUUAAGAGAAACGGAAACAUCGACAUUAUUUAGGGCCGCUUCUUUGGCUACAACUUUGAUGGAUCUGUAUAUGAAAGCUGAAUGCGGAGGAUUUUUACAUGCGGCUGUUUUAGAAACGGUGCUAAGAUUGCUGGAGAGCAAGCAAAGUGCCGAAUUGAAUCCAACGAAAAUGGAUUCCCUAGACGAUGCGUGUAAUAACGCUGAAUUUUUACUCCAGAUAUUAGAUCAAGUAACCCUCAGUAUAUUCAUGUCUCCCGAUGCCUGUCCACGUUCCGUUCGAUACAUCUGCGGGUGCCUUCAAAAAGCGGUAGUAGCGAAGUGGCCUGAUGAACGAUUCGUACGGACUCGUGUCGUUUCAGGUUUCAUUUUUUUGAGACUCUUGUGUCCCGCUUUACUGAAUCCUAGACAAUUCGGUUUAGUCAGCGAACAACCUUCCCCGUCUGCCACUAGAAGUCUGGUCAUGGUAGCUAAAUGUCUACAAAAUUUGGCCAACUUAGUGGAAUUUGGAGGAAAGGAACAGUACAUGGAGGUGGUAAACCCAUUUAUUCUCAAAAACAAGGAACGUAUGGUGGUUUUUCUAGAUCAACUCUCGAUGGCGGGCGAUCCAGGAGAACCGCGCAUCAUCUCCAAACCAGACACUGCCAAAGAACUCGCGACAUUACAUCACAUUUGCGUCGCGCAUCUCUCUGAACUCCAAGCUGUCGGCAAACUCAAUUCGAACAUCAAAACUUUGGUAACCGUAACCGAAAUGUUAGCCAAGCACAAACAAAAAUAUCUGGAAAUGAUCAGAUAGUAGUCUGGAGGUGAAUCUUUUGUACCGGUGUUGCAGAGUUGAGUCGAUGAAUUUUAAUUGUUUUUUUUUUGUACAGGGUUUUAUUUUUUGUGCUAGCUAUAGCGCGAGCAUAGGUACCUUAUUGUUUGUCAGAUCUCUUUGCAUUUAAUUACGGGCAGUCCUUGGAAGACAAUCAAAAUUUAAAAUUAAGGUUAUAUUUUUUUUUCUUAAGAUUUACAAAGUGCCAUUUGAUUGAAAUUUACUAUGACGACUUUCGCGACAAUUUACAAGAGUUUGUGUAGGACAUCUUUUAAAAAAUUACAGAGAAGACAAGAAUUUAGAUUGUGGUACGCCUAUUAAAAUUGUUUUCAAACCGAUACAAUUAGGAAGUUAGUAAAUACUCUGGAUGAAUUUGUUGUUAUAGGCUAUUGAUUAUGACAAAGAAAGGAACGAUCACCUUCGUGGAUUUUUAUCGCAUGAAUCGUUCAAAUGGUGAUUAAAAAUUAAAAAACAAAAAAAUCGUGAAGUGCUGUUGAAUUGGAUUGUGGAAAUUGGAGAUAGGGGUGAAAAUGCAACCCUUACAGUUUUUUAAAUAUGUAUCCCAAAAACGAAGCUAGUUAAUAGUUAUUAGAAAUUUUUUGUACAAAAUGCGAUUAUCCAUCAAUUAGUUUAUCUAAAAAAAUAUUGUGUAAUAGUAAAAGCAAAAAUAUAAUUUUUUUUACUUUUUUUUUGAGUGUAACUGUUUUCUGAGCAGCGAUAAGUAUAGUCAUUGCUUCAUAUAAAAAAAUGUAAAUUAAAUUUAUUUUGAAAUGGUGGGUUAAAAAAGUUUUUUUGAGUUAAAACUGACUAAGAUAUAGCCGCUCAAAUUUAUCUAUUUUUUUUUAUCUCGUUUACUUUAUAUCUUUUCAGUUUUUAUUUUUUCACAAUAUAAUUGAUUUUUAUUCAAUAAAAACAGUAUUUUAAGUUAAUUUGUGGGAUUGCGUAUUAUCAGUAAUUGAACAAGAGAAAAUUUUGCACUUUUUAAUAGUUUGCAGAAAAGCUGGAAACGACAGUUGCUUAACACGUUGACUGCCACCUACGAGUUGGAAAGAGAACAAAAAAAAAUCAAAUCUGGCUUACAGGGUCAGAAAAUUUAUUAAUAUAUGAUCAUAAAUUUAUUGAAAAUCAAAAAAUAAAUAUUUUUGACUUAUGUCAUUGUUGUAAGAGAUGAGCGAUGUGUUAACUGUCUACUUUGCAAUAGUGUUUAUUUGUUUUUUAAGCAUUAAUCUAAAAAAUGGCGAUUUUUGACUCAUGUCAUAAUUGCAGCCAAUGAACGAUAUUGUUGUUUAUUUUUUAUUAUGUGUUUAUUAAAAAAAAAAAGGAAUUUUUGACUUAAGUCAUUAUUGUAGCAACUGUCUUCUAUCCAAUGGUGUUUAUUUGCUUUUUCAUAUAUUUAUCUGAAAAAUGUCGUUUUUUGAUUUAUUGCAGCAAAUAUGCGUAUGUCACCUGUCUACUAUACAAAGUUGUUUUUUUUUUUCUAUUAAUUAAUCUUAAAAAUUGCCAUUUUUGACUUAUGUCAUUUUUGCCGUUAAUUAACGAUAUGUCAACUGUCUACUAUACAAUGUUUAUUUGUUUCUUUUAUACGUCAAUUAGAAAAAAACGACGAUUUUUGACUUAUGUCAUUAUUAUAGCAAAUAAACGAUGUACCAACUUUACAAUAGUGUUUGUUUCCUUGUGAAUUAAUCAAAAAAAAAACGGCUAUUUUUGACUUAUGUCAUUAUUGUACCAAAUGAGCGAUGUCAACUGUCUACUUUGCAAAUGUGUUUAUUUACUUUUUUAAGCAUUAAUCAGAAUAAUGGUGAUUUUUGACUUAUGUCAUUAUUGUAGCAAAUGAGCGAUAUGUCAACCGUACUUUGCAAUUGUGUUUAUUUGCUUUGAUAUGCGUCAAUUAGAAAAAACGGCGAUUUUUGACUUGUCAUUAUUAUAGCAAAUAAACGAUAUACCAACUUUCCAAUAGUGUUUGUUUCCUUGUGGAUUAAUCAGAAAAAAACAGCUAUUUUUGACUUAUGUCAUUAUUGUAGCAAAUGAGCGAUAUAUCAACUGUCUACUUUGCAAAUGUAUUUAUUUACUUUUUUAAGCAUUAAUCUCAAUAAUUACGAUUUUUGACUUAUGUCAUUAUUGCAACAAAGGAGCGAUAUGCCAACUGUCUACUUUGUAAAUUGCGUUUAUUUGCUUUUCAAGCAUUAAUAUGAAUAAUGGCGACUUUUGAUUUACAGUAGCAAAUGAGCGAUAUGCAAUGUUGUUUAUUUGUUUUCUAUGAGUUAAUCUAAAAAAUUGGUGUUUUUUGACUUGUCAAUAUUGCAGUAAAUGAACGAUAUGUCAACUGUCUACUAUGCAAUGUUGUUUUUUUUAUGCGCCAAUCGGAAAAACGGCAAUUUUUGACUUAUGUCAUUAUUGUAGCAAAUAAACGAUAUACCAACUAUCUAAUUUACAAUAGUGUUUAUUUGUUUCCUUAUGCAUUAGUCUAAAUAAUGGCGAUUUUCAACUUGUCAUUAUUGUAGUAUUUGAGCGAUGUGUCGACUGUCUACUCUGCAAUGUUGUUUGUUUUUGAGUCUUUAAAAAUGGCGAUUUUUUACUUAUAUCAUUUUUGCAGCAAAUAAAUGAUAUGUUAACUGUCUACUAUGCAAUGGUGUUUGUUUUCUUUGAGUUAAUCUAACAAAAAUGGCGAUUUUUGAUUUAUAUCGUUAUUGUAGCAAUUGAACGAUAUGUCAACUGUCUACUAUGCAGUGGUGUUUUAUUUGUUUUGUAUGCUAUAAUCUGAAAAAUAGCGAUUUUUGACUUGUGUCAUUAUUGUAGCAAAUGAACAAUAUGUCAACUGUCUACUUUGUAAUGGUGUUUAUUUGUUUUCUUAUGCAGUAAUCUGAAAAUUGGCGAUUUUUGAUUUAUGUCAUUCUUGCCGCUAAUGAACGAUGUCAUCCGUCUACUAUGCAAUAUUGUGUAUUUGUUUUUUAUGUGGUAAUAUGAAAACACGACGAUGAAAAACAUGUCCAUAUAUGAUUUUAAUUGCAAAAUAUUUUUAUUUAUAAAUUUGACGAUUUUUUGCCAAUGAUAUAACAGUUUUUCACAUUCAUAAAAAUAUCGAAUUUUUAUUAACUUAAAAUACUUUUUUGAUUGAAUAAGAAUGAAUUUUGUAAUAAAAAAAUAAAAAUUAAAACGAUAUCAAGGUAAAAUCUAAAAAAGAAUAGCUAAGUUUGAGCAGUUAUGUCUCAGUACGUUGUUAUAAAAAAAAAAAAAACUUUUGUAAUCUACCUUUUUAAAGGAAAUUAAUUUACUUUUUUUACAUGAGGCAAUUCCUAUAAUACCUAUCUGUUCAGCCAACAAUUAUACUGUUAAAUGUUAAACGAAUUAAAUUCAAAAUUAUUGUUGUUAAAUAAGUGAUUACCCUGUUUAAGUACUAUAACACCCUGUAUAGCUUUUUCACAAAACACGUAUUGACAUGAUGGUUUUAUAAGUAACAAAAUACAACACAAAAAAUUGUAUUUUUAGAUUAAUAUUUUCUACAUACUUUUUAAAUAAACUAUUUCGAUGGAAAAUUGCAUUUUGUACAAAAAAUAUCCUAUUAAUUAUACCUGAAUUUUGUUUAGUUUUCGAGAUUUAAUUAAAAAACUGUAAGGGUUGCAUUUUCACCUUUAUCUCCUAUUUCCACCCUCUAAUUCAAUAGCUCUCCGCGGUUUUCUCAUCUUUAAUUCCCAUUUGAAGAUUCAUGCGAUAAAAAACCCACAAAAGUGAUCUUUUCUUAUUGUCCUCUUUUUUUUGACAUAAUCAAUAGUUUAUUGUGUAUUUUUGUAACUAUGAAAACUUAGACUGCACAUUGUGUUUGUUUUUUGAUAAGACUGCCAAAUAUACUCCUAAGUCAGUAGAUUUUACCUAACAGAUUAGAGAAUUUAUGCAUUUUUUAGAACUCGGACUUAAGUUUAAUUAUUUUAUAUUAUUUUUAAUCAUAUACAAGGUGUUCUGCUACUUUUGAUUUCUAUAAUACGUAAUUAUUUAUAUAACUAUUUUAGAACAUCGUGUAUACUGAUAAUAUGUGCUAUAUUUAACAAACAAAUCUCUUCGUUGAAUCUAAAUCGUUUCUAUUAUUAUAUUUAAGCAUUACCUUUUUUUUAAGAACAAGUGUACGUGAAUUUAGUGACGAAGAAAAAAGAUAUGUUGUUUUUAAAAUCCAUUAUAAAAAUUGUAUCAUUUCAUUUUUAAAUAUUUUUAUUUUUGAUACUUUUUUAAAUUUUUAUUAUUGUGAUACAUCUCAAAAUGCUUUAUAAUUGAUAUAACUUGUUAUAAUACGUUAGGGAAACAUUUUUAAAUUUCCCUAUUAAAAAAAGUGAUAAUGUUUCUGACUGACAUUCUUUAAUUAUUUUUGUUUUAUAACGUGUACAAAUUUUGCAUUUUUUAAUUUACUGUCAAUAUGGAUUUGAAACUUUCUUAAAAAUGAAUUUAAUAUCCAUUAUCACCUUAUUAUAUACCGAGCGUCCCAUAGAUUUGUAUCUGGCUAUCUAAAUUAUGAACAGGAUAAAACAAAUUAAAAUAUGGUUUAUAUGGGAUGAAAACAUUUUACUACCCCUUUUCAAAUGACCCACCCCCUAGAAACAUGGGACAUAUGGUAAAUGUUAAAUUUCUUUUGACUUUGAGCAAAUAAAUAGCGAUUUUGAACAAAAAAUCAAUCAAACAAAUCAAAAUUCUAUCUAGAAUUUGAUUUUUAAAAACUUCAGAGUAAUGUUUUCAUUUUUAUGCUUAGUAAAAAUAUCGAAUAGAUAGUCAUUUUAAAAUCUCCAAAUAUUGUAUAUUACCUUAUAAAUAUUGGAACUAGAUGCAAGCAUAUAUAACAAUUUUUAUUUACUUAUUUUUUUAUUAUAUGUAUAGAGCAUAUUUGUGAACAAUUACACUUAUUUUCUAAAUGAAACAAAAUGCAUCGUCAACUUUACUAUGGCGAAUUUUUGGGUAUGUAUAUCAAUACAAUUAUUGUAGAUCACUGUAUACUAUCUCUUCAUAUGUACUUUUGUAUUAAAGAAUAUUCAUUUACAAUUAGUCUCUAAUUUUAAUCUCAACAAUAUGGGUACAAAUAUAUUUUUAUUUAUUUAUUUUACAAAUUUAUAGGUGUAUAAAAAAAUAGCAUAGACUUUAGUCGGCCGCAUUAGGGAUUACAACUUGCGUCGAUGUAAUAUUCCUAUAUCACCGUUAUUAGGAAUAUAUGCAAGAGCAUUGCUAAUUAAAUAAAUGUAGUGCGAGCCAUUUUUGACUAGUUCGGUCAUGUUCUAAUCCCG